AAAAAAAAAAAAAUUAAAAACUCAUGUGUCUCCUUGCUCUUUGCAAACUCUGUGAAUCCUUUAACUUAAAGAUCCUCACUUGGUUUUUGUCCAGCAUUGUGAAGUUAACCCUGUUUAUAUGUGACUUACCAUUUAGCAACAAACUCAGGGAGACCCAUAUAUGGAUUUCUUGAGCCCUUUGUCUGCAUAGCUCCUUCCUGUCUUAUACUUGUCCUAGAAAAUUCCAUCUGCCUUAGCCUCUGUGAACUCUGUUCUGUGUCCCCUUAAUUCAGACCCCAGUAUUCCUGGGUUUCCUGUCACUGCCCUGCCAGUCUGGAAUGUGCAUCCAGGAUGGAAGCUGGGGUAACUACAGAGUUCACCUCAGUUGUUCCCUUUCUCUCAGGAUCACAUCUUGUACUUUCUUCUAACAUUUAUAAGCAGUUUUUCACAUAUUUUAUCCAGUUUUCUAAUUGUAUGGCAGGAAGGCUACUGCAGUCCCAGUUAAUCCAUCAUGGUGAGAACCAGAAAUUUCAGUUUUUAUGAAUAUUCUGGAUGUUUUCUUUUACAUAAGGUAGCCUUUGAGAACAUUCUGUUGUUGAACAAGAAGCGAUUUUUUGCAGAGAUUCCAAGGCCAUUUACUAUGCCCUGGGUUGGCACAGGCUAAGAUUGGACACAGCACUGUGGUUGGGCAUUUCAGAAAGAAGGGGGUAAGGCAACUGGGAGAUAAAGGGUGGCAGUGAGCCCUUUUCUUUCCAGGUACCCUUGCCCCAAUCAUAAAUCAAGGACAACCUGUACAUUCAAACUAUUGCAAGAGAGGAGUGUCCUGGCUGAAAAAUUCUGUAUCUCUUAUUUAUGGAUGGAACUUCCUUUCUCUAUUGAAUGUUCAUGGCAAUUUAAGUAUUUAUUUUUUUAUAUAUAUAAUUUUUUUAAUGUUUAUUUAUUUUUGAGAGAGUGAGAGAGAGACAGAGUUACAAGCAGGGGAGGGGCAGAGAGAGAGGGAGACACAGAAUCCGAGCAGGCUCCAGGCUCCGAGCUGUCAGCACAGAGCCUGACGCGGAGCUCAAACCCACGAGCUGUGAGAUCAUUACCUGAGCCAAAGUCAGACGCUUAACUGACUGAGCCACCCAGGCACCCAAAUUUAAGUAUUUCUUUUAAUCUUUUUCUUCAGCAUCAGUGCUAUUUGAGGACUUCUGAAAGCCAGGUGCUCUGUUAGGGAUUUGUACUAAAUCAUUUAUUUUUAUAAAAUGUCUCAGGAGGCAGGCACUAAUAUGACCUCUGUUUUAUCCAUGAGUAAAGCAAAGUGUAGAAGGAUUAACUUUGCCCAAGCUCAUGCAGUGUGCAAGUGGCAAAGCCAGUUGAACCUAUGUCCUUCUUCCUUCAUGCCCUGCACUCUUGAUAUUGAGGUAUACGUUCCCCCUUAGUACACACUACCUUUGUACCAUAGCUACUUCUAUACCUGUCUUACCAGUUCAUGAGUUGAUUGAGAAUAGGAACCCUAUGCUUACACAUCUUAGGUCUUCAGUGUUUAGCAGAACCCCUGCCUAGAGCAAGUUGAAAGGGAGAAAAGGAGGGGCAAAUAUCUUUAUCUCUCACUUUGGAAAAGAAAUAGUCUGAUAAUUAACUUGCUGUUGAAAUACUUCCUUAUCAAUAAGACUGAUCUUUUGGUGUAACUUUUUUUACUUACUUUCUUCAUCAUUAAUCAUAGGCGCUAGAGUCAGCUCACAGGAAAUCAGCUGUCCUAUAAAACAACAGAUGGCAAAAAGGAAAAAUUCAUGAUUCUUCUGUUGUGCAGUAUAUAUGCCUACUUAAUGGCAGACUUUGGGAUAAUGUGUUCCAUGAUGUUUGCUCCUUUUAGUCAUACCUAUAAAUUAUCUUCCCUUAGAAGAUUUAUUUUAUGUUUUAUAGCAUAAGUGUUUAUUAAAAUAAGAUACAUGGUAGUCUCAAAUAAUAAUAUUAAUAACAUAGCAAAACCGUCCAGUCAGUAACUUGAAGUUAUCUUUUUAUUUGCUAGUCUAAUACACAGUGAUAUCUUGAUUAAGUCUGCCAGGAACCAGGGCAGUAAAGCUGUUCUACAGGAAAUGGCUGACGGUACAUCAGCAUCCCCAGGGGAGGGUGUCUGGGCUUCCAGGUGGGUCUCCCAAAGGUUCUUCUUACAUUAGAUGGCUGUUGGAUGGCAGUUUCCACAAUUUGUUCUCCUCCCCCAGGGUCAAAUGUACAUGUUCCAGGAGGCAUUUAAGCCACAUCUGAUAACCCUUGUAGUUGAACUUACAAGCUCCCUGUAGACUGGUAUUUGUCAGGCUAGAGGCUACAUGUAAGGUGAGAAAGUCUUGCUGCUGGAAACUGUCAAAAAUCUAUUUCAGAACUUCUUUAGAAUCUGUAAUUACUCAAUUAAAAAGGCCUUUACCCCCAGGGAAGUUGCACGCGAAGUGAUGGAGGGGAUAUGUGGAAAACAACGCGUCACAAUGUCUGAAACUUUGAGCUCAGAAAAACGGAGUAUCGGAACCUGUUAAAGGCAGGAAAUUCUGUUUUUAUUUGACCACCACGCUCUGUUCUUCAGGGAUUCUUUCUCGUUGGCCAAAAGCUAUACAACUUUCAGGUUCAGUGAUUAUGAAAUGCUUCCUCAUAUUGCGGAACCAAAAUGACUUCAUUCAGAGUGAGAAACUUUAAAUCUUUAUUUUCCAUUUUUAUCACUUGCAAAAAGAUCUGUAUAAGCUCUUGUUCUGUCUAUAAAGUCAAGAGAGCCAAGAGAGAGGGCAGGGAGGAGAGAAAAAGGGUGCGGAGGGUCCUAUUUCCCAAGCAACGCAAGAGAACUCCUUAGAAGUAAGAGGGAAUUAUGUUUCACAUGAUCUUUUAAGAUGCAGAAUCUUUUCUCUCUUGGUAAUUUUAUAAGAUGGACAAGUAUCCACUAGAGUUGCUGUCUUCUUCAUGCAUGGUAGAUUAAUGGGCAGCCAUCAAAGAAUUGAUUUUUAGUCUCUCUUAGCCUGAACUGGCCUGAACUGGCCUGAACUGGAUUCAGGCAAUGAUGUGAAGGCUCAAAACUAAAUCUCUUGUUUCAGAUCCCUGAGACUAUCCUGUCUCCCAGCAUGUUGUUAUGUUAUAUUAAACAUUAGCAGUUGGAUCAUAAGACCCACAAGAGACCACACAUUUGUAUCCUCAUUGUCUGGGUAAUGCUUUUAAAAAAAUCAAUGAGUCCUUAUCACAUCCCACCACCACCGCUGGAGGACGUGAAGGGCACCAGAGGAAAGGAGUUUCCAUUUUUAACAGAAACAGGCCUGAGGAAGUAUUUUACGUAUAUUCUAAAUUAAGCUAAACUCUUUGUCAGUGAAUUAACUCAUACUGAUUUUGUACCUCAUAUCCAUGUUGUAAAAAAUCUGUACAUUAACCAUCUUCAUAUAUUUGAACAGGGUGAUCUAACAAAACAUAGAGUUGUAUUUAUGUCAACUGUUGUUAAGGGCUCCAACUUGUCUUAAAAUUCCAUAACAUUGCAUUUUUCCUGGGAUGUUUUUCUAGAGAAAAAAGUUGUGGUUCAUUCAUUAAUUCAGUAAGUAUUCGUUAUAGGCUUACUGUGUGUAGAGCAUUGUGGUUUAUUUUGUCUGAAAUUAUGCAUUUAUCUCUUCAUUUAUUUAAAAACAAGUACUUAUUGCAGGUUAAUAAAUGUUAAGUGCUAUUCUUGGUCCUGGGAAUCAUUAUUAAGUAUUCAUUACCAAUGGGGAAGUCAGACAAUACACAAGUAAACAAAUGUAUACAUAAUAUAAUUUUGGAGAGAGGAGAGGAGAUGUAUUAGGUCAUUGCAUUCAGCUACUAAUGUCUGAUACUAUGUAAUAGCAGCUGGGAAAUUGGAUGCCAUGAUGCAAUGACAGCAUGAUCUUAACUUUUAUAUAAGGCAAAAUAUGGGGUCUUUUACAGUUAUGAGGUUCUCAGAGUAGACACAUAAAGUGCUUGUUAUUAGUCCCAUUUAUUCAGACAAAAAAAGUGAGGCUUUGAGAAGAGAGAUUGGAUGAAUUUCAUAUGGAAGGCCCAGGAAGAUUGGAUGAAUUUCUUUACUUAAAGCUAGCAAAUUGCAAAGGUUUUCUGAAUCAACCUUUGCCUUCUGACAAAUAGUUGCAUGGUUUUUUGUCUGCAUUACUACUUGAUACAUGUUGGAAUAAUUAUCUACAAAUUCUUUUGUUUCUACAUUUCAGGUUUAAAAUCUUUCCGGAGUCAAGACUCACCAAAUCACUCUAGAUACAGUGUGUUUGCUUUUGACUUUGGAAGUACUUUUAAUAAAGCCUCCUAUCUGCUUAGCUGGGAAAAGAAGGAAAGGGGGAGAGACUGUGUCCAAAAAUUGCCCUCACACACUCCACGGGUUUUCAUAAAUCUCAGGCUUCUUGAGGCUGAUUACACUUUGCAGUCUUCCUUAGGAAAUGGGUGAAAAUUGGAGCUGGGACACAAACAGGAAGGCUGGGAGGCAGAUCUGUCCUGCAGGCACUAUUUCUUUAAAUAGUUACCGUGCAGUGGGAAUUAGUUUACCACUUAGACAAGAAACUCCAAUACCCUUUGUUUCUUGGCGGCUGAGCUGGAGGCAGCUAGUGCUGUCCUGUCCCGGAGGGAGAGGCAGUGCUCAGAGGGUGUGUGGUGGUGGAUGUGGGCUGGAGGAUGGCCUCCCCACCUCUGGGCCAUGAGGACACACGGUCGCACAGAUGUUCUAUGCUUCUCCCUUAAGAAUAUCAUCCGUGAGACUUUUAACCUCCUAAAAGAAAAUCUAUUCCUCGCUGCCGAAGAAUUAACAGAAUGCUCUCCAAUGAGUCCCUACAUUCGCCUGCAUUUAACCGUUCCAACUCACAAGCCUCCAUAGACAGCACCUCCAUGGAGGACUUCUUGCGGGAAAUAGAAAGCAUUAAAGAGAGUAGCAUGAGAGCACAGGAAGAGCAGAUACCAGCUGAGGUCAAGCCUGUGGAUGAAGGAGAACUCGAAGCAGAGUGGUUGCAAGAUGUGGGUUUAUCAACCUUGAUCUCGGGUAAUGAAGAGGAGGAUGGCAAAGCCUUGCUCUCUACGCUGACUCGAACCCAAGCAGCUGCAGUGAAAAAGAGAUACAAUACUUACACUCAAACCAUGAGAAAAAAGAACAAGCAAUCUGUUAGGGAUGUCAGAGACAUCUUUGGAGUCAGCGAGUCUCCUCCAGAUGAUUUUUGUUGUAUCCCAGCUCCUCUUUUGGAAAUGAUCCUGGAUGAAGAAGUGAUAUCAGCAAUUCCCUGCAGAAAUGGUCAACUGCCAGGUGAUACCUGUGACAAUCAUACUGCUCAGUUGGAUGGUCCCCAGGAGGAAAAAGAGCUGCCAGGAGUUAUGAAAACAAGUGAUUCCUUGCCAGAUGAUGCUUCUCUCAACAGUACCGCCCUGUCAGAUGGGUCCCCAGAUGAAGAAGGGAGUUUUACAGUUCCCAGGAGUGGCUCUGUGUCUAUACUUGAGACCAUUCCAGCUCUACCAGUUCAUUCCAAUGGAUCUCCAGACCCUGGACAGUCAGUUCAGAAUGCAGUGAGUGAUGAUGUUUAUCUGGAAAAGAACAUUCCACCAGAAACUGAAGAGCUGUCCUUCGAAGUAUCUUAUUCAGAAAUGGUUACAGAGAUUCCAAAAAGAAACAAAUUUAAGAAGUCCGAAUUUAAGAAAGAGGACUUCGCCUUAACUAAAUUUAUUGUCCAGAAAACCAGAUUCGGUCUAACUGAAGCAGGAGACCUGUCUUCUGAAGAUAUGAAGAAGAUCCGCCAUCUGUCUCUGAUUGAACUGACUGCCUUUUUUGAUGCCUUUGGAAUCCAGCUGAAAAGAAACAAAACUGAGAGAGUAAAAGGACGAGACACUGGGAUUUUUGGAGUUCCGCUCACAGUCCUGUUGGACAAUGACCGAAAGAAGGAUCCUGGAGUGAAGGUUCCCCUGGUGUUGCAAAAAUUUUUUGAGAAAGUUGAGGAAUCAGGCCUGGAAUCUGAAGGAAUUUUUCGACUUUCUGGAUGUACCGCCAAAGUCAAGCAAUACCGUGAAGAACUGGAUGCCAAGUUUAAUUCUGAUAAAUUUAAAUGGGACAGAAUGUGCCAUAGAGAAGCUGCAGUAAUGUUGAAAGCAUUUUUCAGAGAACUACCCACCUCUCUCUUCCCCGUGGAAUAUAUACCUGCCUUCAUCACUCUAAUGGAAAGAGGGCCUCCCAUCAAAGUACAGUUUCAAGCUUUACACCUCAUGGUCAUGGCACUGCCUGAUGCCAACAGGGACACAGCUCAGGCCCUCAUGACAUUCUUCAAUAAAGUGAUUGCCAACGAAUCAAAAAACCGAAUGAGUGUAUGGAACAUUUCUACUGUAAUGGCACCAAACCUUUUCUUCAGUCGAAGCAAACAUUCUGAUUAUGAAGAACUACAGUUAGCAAACACUGCAGCCCACAUCAUCCGCCUAAUGCUUAAAUACCAAAAGAUUCUGUGGAAGGUUCCAUCUUUCCUAAUCAUGCAAGUCAGAAGAAUGAACGAAGCUACGAUGCUGUUAAAGAAGCAGCUCCCAAGUGUCAGAAAGCUGCUGAGGAGGAAGACCAUAGAACGAGAGGUUAUAAGCCCCAAGACUUCAAAGGUACUACAAAAAUCACCCUCUUCAAGAAGAAUGUCUGACGUGCCGGAAGGAGUCAUAAGGGUCCAUGCUCCGCUUCUCUCUAAGGUGUCCAUGGCCAUUCAACUCAAUAGUCACACCAAAGCCAAAGACAUACUGGCAAAAUUUCAAUAUGAGAACAGUUAUGGUUCAUCAGAAUGCAUUAAGAUUCAGAACCAACGGUUAUAUGAAAUUGGAGGAAAUAUAGGGCAGCAUUGCUUGGAUCCAGAUGCUUAUAUAUUGGAUGUAUAUCAUGUCAAUCCUCAAGCAGAGUGGGUGAUUAAACCCCAACAAAGUUUUUGAAACACCCUCCAGGAUGGCAGCUAUCAUGUAUCACAUGCCAAGAAGAUUCUGCAUGUGGUAGGGAAAAAAACAAGACUACUUUUGACAUGUUUGCUCCAAUAACUCUCUUGGUGUUUCUCAGCCCAAGUGGUGUCUCCCAGCGUUGUCAACAUGAACCAUGGAGGAGGCACUGGUUGGCUGGUUGAGCUGGGGCUUUCUCCUAUGAUUCCUUGAUAAGAGUGAAGGAAAGAUGAUGCGAUCCUUCCAGAAGAAAGGCCAAUCUAGUAUGUGGAACUCUAAUCAUUUCUAGUACUUUGGUUUCAUAUCAGAAAUGAAUUUGGCCCUAUACCUAGAGAUAAGAAACACUUCUUUAUGUAGCAAAUGCUACCAAAGACAAGAGGUAGAAGAGAAUUGUUUUCAUACCUGUGUUAUAUACAUAGGUGGACCUUUUUGAACAAGAAUGCCAGAAAUAUCAAUAAUUUUUGCUCUGUAAAAUAAUCCAGAUCUACUUUUCAAAGGGAAUCGGUUCCUAAAGUUAUGCAUACAAUAUUUAUGCUCUGACUUGCUCCCAAAUUGGAGGAGGGCGAACUCCUGUUGAAGGAACAGUGUAUUGUUAUGUAUGUUGUACUGUAUUAUGACUAUCAGCAUUCUGGUGCAAAUGACCAUUUCUCUAUCGUGGACUAUUGAAAAUUGAUAAUUUUAAAGCUUUUCUGAUGAGCACUGGUCCGUAUAGCAAAGGUUGGUCUGAAAGAGGGUGUCCUUAUUCUUUCGUGACCUUCUGCGUGGUUAAUUGUCACAGAACCACUAUUUUCUCCUCAUGAUUCUGGUGCUCAACGAAUAGCUUUCUCUGUGCCAGACACAGAUUUCCUUUCCUGAUCAAACAUAUCAUUUUUUAUAUUUCACAACUGUAGAUAGUCACUUCUGCCACCCCAAUUUAAAAAUAUAGAACUGCCUUUAUCCAACUGUUCUUUAUCCAAGAAUACUGAAAAAUAGUGUCAUAUCCAGAUUUUAUAUGCUGUAAAAGCAUAUUUUGUUUCUGUUCAUCAACCAUAGACAUGGCCAAGCACUGUGGACUAGCCUCAGGCUUUAAAAUCAGAUGCAGUUUUGGUGAGCUGGAAACUGUCUCACUGUGAAGAUCCUGUGGAGGCAUUUUCCAGACGGGCACUUGGUGAGAACAUACAGUUCUCCACGAGCUAAUGGAGAGCAAAUCUGAAAUGUGCCAAGGGGUCAGACGGCUCUGCCUUUCAUCUUGAGACUGCAGAUACAGUUCUUCUAGGGUCAGUAGAAUUGGGGACAGAAAUCUCAUUUAUCCCACAUGCAUGCUUUGGAUUAGAAUCCACAGAUUGAGAUUUUGAUGAAUUUGUAUCAAUUUUAAUGAGAUUUAAUGCCCAGAUGACUCUCUUUUGCAGUUCAAACAAUAAAGUUGCUCACAGAUACAGAAGACAUUUCAUCUACUUACCAAUUCUCAAAAUGUAAUGUGAUGAUAACUGAAGCCCAUGUAUAGAAGAAAUCUUUUAUAUGCUGCAUUAUGCCUUGAUAUCUCUUAAAACAUUGUUUGUAUUCACCAUGUAGAUAAUUGUGUUUCUGGCCACUAAUAUUUUGUUAUAUUUUUAUAAAAAACUCAAAUAUCCAUUCA